UUAAUCCGAGAUUGCCUCUACCGCCCGCCUCCCCCGGGUUCAGAUCAGCCUCAUUUCCGGCUGCGACUCGUCUCGCCUACGUCCGGGAGUGGCUGAGCUUGCUUCUUCUCCUCCGUGAAGCUUUCGGGCCGAGAGGAUCCAUCCUGGCGGGAGCGGCUCGUGGGGCUCCGAUCGCAGCCAUGAGUGAGGCAGAAGUGAACCCCAAAGCUUACCCUCUGGCUGAUGCACAGCUCACCAAGACACUGCUGGAUCUUGUACAGCAGUCUUGCAACUACAAACAGCUACGCAAAGGUGCCAAUGAAGCUACUAAGACACUGAACAGAGGAAUAGCAGAAUUCAUCGUGAUGGCUGCAGACGCUGAGCCCUUGGAGAUCAUCCUACAUCUGCCACUUCUUUGUGAGGACAAGAAUGUGCCCUAUGUUUUUGUGCGCUCCAAGCAGGCCUUGGGGCGGGCAUGCGGUGUCUCCCGGCCUGUCAUUGCCUGCUCAAUUACUAUCAAGGAAGGGUCACAACUGAAACCUCAGAUUCAGUCUGUCCAGCAAGCCAUUGAGAGACUGCUGGUCUAGAAACCAGUAGGUCCAGUCUGUACUUAGCAAAAUAAAAUUGGAGUGAGGGAA